CUUAUAUCGAUCACGCCAGAACUGCCGAGAAGUUCUCAACAAAAUAUCCGAGCUGCAACAUGAGUGCAUCACAAUCAGUCCUGAUCUACGCCGAACUUUUGUCAAAUAUACGCCAAGUCUCCGUUGUAUGCCUAUUGCCUACUCCAAGUCGAGAGGCAACUAGUGCUAUUAUCUCGCCUGAUAGCCAAGUCUUCACAAUCCAUCAUGAUGGCGUGGAGACGUCCGUCCGUCUCCCAGGACAAGUUCAUGUGCACAACCCGCCCCGAGAGCAAAAGCUGCCCCGAUCACAGAAGCUAGGAUCGAAGUAUCUUUCAUGGCGGUUGCCUCUAGCAACUACUCAAGAACACCAUGUCGUACCCACGCCAGAAGAUCAGAUCGUUCCAUGGUCUGCGAACAAUCUCCAAUCGGAGUCAUCUCUUACCUGCAGAAUAUGCAGUGCCGUUAUUGUUGAAUCCAAUAUUAUCAAAGUAUGGAAAGACCUGCCAAGUGAGAAUUGGGCUGAAAUGAUGGAAUUCUGGCAUUGUCAUAAACCACAUGACCAUGGACACGGGCAUCAACAUGAUGAUGAAGGUCUCACUUCCAAAGGAUAUGGAGCGAGUUCUAGAAUAUCAACGCAGCCUAGUGUUGGGUUUGUGGAUCUUACUUCAUUCCUGUUAUCUGAAACAGAUAUUUCUGCAUCUAACAUAAUAAAAACUACAUUCUCGGCAGAGUUAUCAAGGGAAGCAGAUGUCUGUAACGAAGUGUCCAAAGAUGAAGAACUUCAUCAAUCGCAAACGGGAAAUACACCCAUUAUCUGCGGUUCCUGUAAGACUCAGCUCGGAGUGUUAAACGACCAGGAUGCAUCUGUCUCCUUGUUUAAAUGGCAAGUCCAUGUGAAUGAGCAGAUUCAACGAAAUAUCGACAACUCUCCGAAUCUUUCUCAUUGCAUCAGUGCUAUGCUUCUAGCAACCAUGGCCCGUUCGGGCUGUUCUAAGUCCAUCAUACUGCCAAUGAAAUCGAAAGGGCAGCCAGCCCAAGGCAUACCACAAGGAGAUGGUAACACUCAAUCUUUAUUAAACAUCUGGGUCUUUAACAGCAACAUUACUUUCUCAUCCACUAAGGAGACAAGGUCACCUGUCAAAGCAGUCAGGCUAUUUUAUCGUAUGGUUAGCCAGAAUGAAGCAGACAAACUGCUAGACUCCAUGACAUCGGACGUACAAGAUAUCACUCUGCCAGCUGAUGCAAUUGAGAAGAUCAUUGGUGUUCUGGACAAUAGCAACGGCUUGCUACCUCCGAACGAUCGCCAACUGAAGGAAUGGAAAGUUGGUCUCCUGGAGAAGUGGGAUGGAAAAGACCCCUUAGUUUCCUCAUAAGUAGACAAUCCAACAAAGUUAACUGAUGUCGAUUUAUAACCCCGAAUGAUGAUAGAUUGCGAAACAAGACGGUUCGUUAAUACGAUUCAUUACUACG